AUGAGAAGAUCAGCGCGCAAUCAAAGUGCAGUGGAAUUAGAGACAGAAGCGCAGAGGCAGAUGCAGGCUAACACGCCCAGUAAGAAUAAGGUUGUGGACGUAAAGAAACCCAAGAAGCUAGCAGCGACUGAUUCUAUCGUCAAACUAAAGGGCAGCUCAGAUGAUGAGACUGAGAAUAAGCCAGCGGUAACGCCUAGAAGAUCGAGGAGAAACUCGGAGCGUCCGCAAGAGAGGCCCAGCUCAUCUAGUUUGGAGUUUAGAAACACCCCAUCUAAAAGUACACCAAGGAGAGCGACACCAAUCAGAGCAACACCACCGUCGUCCACAUCCAAACCAGCUGCACUAGCAACCAAAGCAACCAAAGCAACCAAAGCAACUCCCGUCAGGUCGAUAACACGCACAAGCACACCCGUAUCAGCGGAUAGGGCUAAAGCGCGCGCACAGAUGGCAGAAGAUGCUGAAGGCGAGCCUAGUAGUAGCAGUAGUAGCAGUAGUAGCAGUAGUGACGAAGAGCGCCAUGCUUCUGAUUACAGCAAGAGCGACAGCGGAGAAGAGGAUGAGAUAGAGGCGGACAAGAGCGACGACGAUGACGUGCAUGUCGACGUGAAGGAUGAGAUUCUCUCAAGUGAUGACGACACAGACACGCGCAAGAGAAGACGCGGCGGCGUGAGUGCGACACCGCGCAAAAACAAAAGCAGGAUAAUGGGAAAUAUUACUCCAUCUGCUAAGCGUAACCUGCAGCAGAGAAGAGCUGCCAAUUCAGUAAGACCACUUCCUGCACCAGCUAUUGAAAGCUUGAACGAUACCACAGACAGAGAUGCUGUAUCUCUGUCACGCGCUUUGCUCCACGUAGGAGCUACUCCAGGAUACCUCCCUUGUCGCGAAGAUGAGUAUUUGAUGAUUGAAGGGUGCAUUGAGAGUCUACUUGAAGAUGGACAGGGUGGAUGUGUUUAUAUCUCUGGUACACCAGGCACUGGUAAAACAGCCACGGUACAUUCAGUCAUUAGAGGGCUGAUAGACCGUUCAAAUAACCAGGAAAUAUCGCCAUUCAAAUAUGUCGAAAUUAACGGGCUCAGAGUCUCAGAACCGGCACGCGCGUAUCCUAUUCUUUGGGAAGGUCUCACCAACGACGCGAUGAGUCUCUCUCCCAGAGCUGCUUUGAACGCUCUCGAGAGGUAUUAUGGCGAGGGUCAGAAUGACCAAGCAUGUGUCCUGCUUAUGGACGAGCUUGAUCAAAUGGUUACAAGCAAGCAGAGUGAGGUUUAUAACUUUUUCAAUUGGCCCAAUAUGCCGCGUUCGAAGCUUAUCGUUGUCGCUGUCGCCAACACCAUGGACCUUCCUGAGCGUGUUUUACGCGGUAAAGUUAAGAGUAGAUUGGGUAUGGAACGCAUCAACUUCGCUCCUUACGACCGUAUGCAGUUGAUAGAAAUAGUGCAAUCGCGUUUGCGCUACGCGAUUAGUUUGGCCGAACAACGCGACUACUCGCUUCUCACAGACGAAGACACACGAGGGCUAUUUGACGAGGACGCAGUAAAGAUAGCAGCUGCGAAAACGGCUUCUGUGCAGGGCGACGCUCGACGGAUGCUGGAAGUGUGCAGACAGACGCUCGAACGAGCGGCUUUACUGCCCGUCAAAACCAGCAACGUUCAACAGACGCUUAAAGCAAUGUCACUCAGCCCUCUCAGUCGGAUGAUGGCCAAUCUGAGUCUGUCUGCGAAGAUCAUGCUCGUAUGCGCGAUGCGAUGCGCUGCUGCAGCUGGAAUGGGAACGGGGGAGUGUAGGUGGGGCGAUGUGUCAAGUUUGCACCAGAAACUCUCCUCACAGUUGGUGUCAUACACACCGGUCAUCCCGCUCAGUAGGACUGAUCAGUAUCAAGUACUAUCCAACCUCGCCGCUACCAGAAUCGUGCUUGCUCACGAACCUGGUGCUCCAAACUAUGGCCUCAAUAAGGGAAGCGAUGCCGAGAGAAUGAUUAUUUUGAAUGUUCCUGAGGCUGACGUGAGGAGAGUGCUGGGUGAGGAUACUAGAUUUCAUUCUGUAUUGGGAUGA